UUAUUUUCAUUGGAAAAAUAAUAAAUAUCUCAUAAUUUGAAUAAUACCGCGUCUUUGAAUAUUAAGUAUGCGCAUGCGCAAUUAAAGUGAAUGAUUUUUUUUAGUUCGAAAAACCAUCACCAGGGAAAAGUUCUUUUGAUCGUGUGAUUUUGUGAUGGCUGACACGAAAGUUAAACCUGGAGCAAAGGCUGCCCCAGCAGCAGCUACUCCUGCUAAACCAGGAGAUAAAAAGAAAGCUGGUAGACCGAGGAAUUACGAUUUGGGAAAUGGAGUUUAUCGUUUCAGUAGAACUCGAAUGUUCCACAAGAAAGCGAUAUACAAGUUUUUAGAUAAGAAAACUCCAAAAACCGUUAAACCCAAAAAGCCAACCACUGUCGAGAAGAAAAUCGGUGGAGAUAAAAAUGGUGGAACUCGAGUUGUUCUGUUGAAGAAGAGGAGAGCUAGUUAUCCUACUUCAGAUCCAGUGUCAGUUCACCACGCCAAAACAUGCUUUAGGGAACAUAAUCGUUAUAUCAGACCAUCUCUUAAGCCUGGUACGAUUUGCAUUCUUGUUGCUGGUCCUCAUAAAGGAAAGCGAGUCGUUCUCUUGAAACAACUGAAGAGUGGACUUCUUUUAGUUACUGGACCUUUCUUGAUUAAUGCUUGCCCAUUGAGAAGAACAAGUCAAAAUUACGUUAUUGCAACAUCAACGAGAAUUGACAUGUCAAAUGUGAAAAUUCCCGAUACUCUUAAUGAUGAUUAUUUCAAGAGGAAACGUGAAAAGCGCGCAAAGAAAGAGGAAGGUGAUAUCUUCAGUAAAAAGAAGGAGGCAUACAAACCUAAUGAUCAAAGAAAGCAAGAUCAGAAAAUUGUUGAUAAACAAGUUAUCGCUGCAAUUAAAAAACAUACGGAUAAGAAAAUGCUCUUUACCUAUUUGUCGGCGAUGUUUGGUUUACGUAGCAGUCAGUAUCCUCACAGAAUGAAGUUCUAAUUCAGUAAUGUUGAGAGAAUUUGAAAAUAAAUUUUUUAAAAUUCAA